AUGUUUGCUCUUUGGUCAAACGCUCACCUCCUGGAUAACUUGAUCCCGAUUUCUACUCACCGUCACCACACACCCACACCCACACCCACUACCACUACCACUACCACUACCACUACCACUUCCACUGCUACUACUACUGCUACUAUUACUACUACUAUCACUCUACUAUCACUACCACAACCACAACCACAACCGCAGACAUGCCUGGCCCAAUCCACCUCACGUAUGCCGAACGAUACUAACCGAGUCUUUCUAGCCGAAGCCAAGGAAGAGCAGCAGCAGGAACAGCAGCAGAAGGGGGCCGGCCCGGGGCCCAACGAUACCGAGGCCGCCGCUGAGGAGAAGAGGUGGCGCGAAUUGAGAGAUAGAAUGUUUGUUGCGGUAGAUGAAAUCCGCGCUGAGAAGAUCAGAAGGGAAGAGAUUAAGGAAACAAAGGAGGAGGCCGAUGAACAGGUCCAAAAUUGGGAGGAGGUGUUGGCGGCCAUUGAGGAAGAGAUGAAGGAGGUUCUUUAUGGAAUCCACUGA